AUGGCUCAUGGUGGCGGCGGCGAUGGAAAUCGGGUCGGGCCGGACUUCAACCUACCCGACGAGGUUCUUGCCGUCAUACCCACGGACCCGUACGACCAGCUGGAUCUGGCCCGCAAGAUUACUUCCAUGGCAAUCGCGUCGCGGGUUUCGAAACUCGAGACGGAGGCGGCGAGGCUCCGCCAGAAGCUCGGCGAGAAAGACCGACUAAUUCAAGAGCUCGAGGAGAAGGUCUCACAGCUCGAGGGCGCCUACCAAGACGCGGAGCUGCGAUUGAAACUUACUCGCGAGGAUAAUGUGAAGCUAUUGACGGAGAGGGAUUCUUUAGCUUCCACUGCAAAGAAGCUCAGUCGUGAUUUGGCAAAGCUCGAGACAUUUAAGAGGCAAUUGAUGCAGUCAUUGAAUGAAGAAAAUUCACCGACAGAAACGGUGGAUAUUGGCACUUAUGACCAAACAGUGCCUAAGGCAUAUUCUACUAGUGAUGACUCGAAUGGCUACAGAAAAUAUCACUCCUACAGCGGGUCCAUCAAUACCACAAGCUUAAGUGACGAAGGUAUUUUUACUCACUUCCUCAAGCAGGAGAGAUAA